AUGGCUAAAAUUUUGGAUAGUCAGCCAGGAAAAUUUGGAAAUUUUUGCACAAUCCACCAAAUUGUGGAUGAGAUGAAUGCUGAGAUGCAUCAGCAGCAGAAACAGCAUUAUUUUGAAGAGUGGAAAAUUUCUUACGAAAAAGUAAACCAUGUUCGUUAUGUAAUGAACUGUUCGGAGCAGGAGCGACUAGAAAAACGUGUUCGAUAUUACCACUGCCAUCGCUCUUUCAAUUUCAAUUCUAAAGGAACAGGUGCCAGGUGUGUCAAAAGUAUGGGCAUGAAUAAAAUAGGCAGUACUUGUCCAUCCAACAUGCAAGUGACAAUAACAGAGGACAAAUGCUGCUUAAAAUUUUUCCAAAACAUAUGGGACACACCCAAGAUGUUGGAAGAACAUUUCUGCAUGGGAACGAGAGGGCAGAGUUGGCAGGACGGCUGUCACAGGGUGUUCCUGUUGGACGAGUCUUACAAGAUGUCCGAAGUGCACCAAUCGCUGCAAUGUGGAGAGAAUCCAUCUCCUUGA